UCAUAAAAUAUUAGUAUCGACCAAAACCUCAGUCGUCACCAUUCGGUACCUUCAACGAGGCAGAUUUGUUUUGCAUUUACCGUCGAAUUUAACAAACUGAUUUUAACUGUAGAUUUCGAUAAUAUAGAAGAUUUCAUUUUACAUUUAAAUAAGGCAUUAUUUGCGAGGAAUCUGAAGCAGUUGUGAUUAGUUAGUUAGUGUCAAGAUUCGGCAUGAUUCAUAGUGAUUGUCUCCCUGUACUCAAUUGAUGAUUCUGCAUUGAAGUGUUACUGAAACCGGUUUUUUUCGGGGAAAAAGUGCAGCAAAAUGAACAACGUCAACAACAUUCAUCUUCUCUGCGUGUCGGAUCCACAGCAAGCACUUUCGAUUAGUUUGGCCGACAAGAAUCUGAAAAAUUUUCAAUAUGCUCUAAGUAGUGGUGCCGAUCCGAAUGUGCGUGAUGAUUCGGUCGGAUUGUCCGUUUUCGAGCACGCCUGUCAAACUGCUGGUUCGGCAAAGUUCAUAUUCGAAUGUCUGAGACACGGCGCUGAUUCACAAGUGCAAAACUCCAACGGAAAGUAUCCGAUUCAUCUCGCCGUAGCAUCUGAGGAUCCGGAUAACAUUCGCACACUGUUGGACAUCCCGGGACUGAAUAUUGAUGUAGCAUACCAGGACCAAACACCACUACAUUUGCUAUUCGAGCGUAUAAAUAGCAAUAAUUGGGAAAGCGUUUUCGAUUGUAUCAAACAAUUCAUUCGUAAAGGGGCAGAUGUAAACAUUCCCAACAGUGACAACCGAACUGCGGUGGGUGUUUUUGUGAAAAAUUCUAAAAACUGGCAGAAAAACUCGGAAUACUGGAGAAAAGAUAUUGUACAGUACUGCUUGAAAUUUGCUACCGUGGAUGUGGACUCGUUUCGCAAAGGUGAACUACGAAAAAAAAUUGUUGAAAUUUUCCCCGGUGUUACGAUACCCGACUUCACGAUGGAAACGAAUCUGGCAGUUUUGAUAUCCUUGAUUAAGAGUCAAAAUGAACGAAAACUCGAAUCAACACUGAAACAGUACAAGGAUAAACAAACCGACGAAAGAGAAUGGCAACGAGAUUUGAAUGAACUACUGAAAGCUGCAGUUCAAACGGGAAAAUUAUCGCUCGUGACAAAGAUAAUUCCGGAUAACUACAAAUUUGAUACCGGUACGGAUCUCCCAGAUCUGCUAGCGAGAUGUUGCAACUACGGCUUUCAUGACGUGCUGGCACUGAUUUUGACCCGAACAGGGCAUGAAUUGGCAGAUGUAAAACUAAUAAAUUCCACUCCCCUACUGUCAUUGGUUAUCAAAGAAAUAAACACUCUUAAAGACAGAGAAAAAUGUCCAUUUUUCAAGUGCCUGAACAUUCUGCUCGAUGACGAUCGUGUGGAAAUUGACAAACUAGAUGACAAAGGAUUCAGUGCCUUACACUAUGCAGUAAAGUAUAAGGUUGACUCGGCCGUAGAACUACUGCUGGGGCACUCGGCAUAUAUCGGAGCAAUGAACAUGUUCAAAGAGCUUCCAAUUUGCGAAAUGAAUCCACAAACGUUGGAAGAAUAUUUGGACUCUUGCAUAACCACAAACGAAAAACGUCCGGGAGAUGACGAAUACGAAGUGAACAUUGAUUUCUCCUGUUUGGUUCCUCCCAAAUACAAGAAGAAUUAUACGGGAGGAACGGACAAUAAUCCCGCCAGUAAAACCAGUGAUGAGAUGUUACCGAUUGUUUACAUGUCAAACUCGAACGAUUUGAAGCAUUUGUUGAAACACCCUGUGAUAUCCAGUUAUGUGUUAAUCAAGUGGCUCAGGCUCAGUCUGUACUUUUAUAUAAAUUUAGUGAUCUGUACAGUGUUCUUUCUGGCGUUCACCUGCUACAUAGUCAGAUGCUACGGCCAAGAGGAUGUGGACCAAUGGCUCAAGGAAUUGCUUCGUAUUAUUUGUUUGAUCGGAACAACCUAUAUGGCAUUGAGGGAGAUCGGUCAAAUGAUGCUGCACGUCAAACAGUAUUUCAGUUCAAUUGAAAACUGGAUGGAGAUUAUUUUAAUCCUAGCAUCAUACACCGUUCUGGUGAAGGAGUUUCAAAGUGAAACUCGGCAGAUUAUAUCUGCGGUUGUGAUUCUGCUGUCUGCCGUCGAAUUCACUCUGUUGGUCGGAACCCUUCCCGUGUUAUCGAUUUCAACACACAUGGUAAUGCUGAAAACAGUAUCGAAAAACUUUCUGAAGAGCUUGAUACUGUAUUCCAUCAUCCUUAUCUCUUUCGCGUUUUGCUUUUAUACCUUGUUCAACGUGAACAAUGGAAGUAAACCGAAGUAUGUCGAUGCUACGCCCUCGUCCGAUACCAAUGACGAGAAGGAAGAAGAGGAAGAUAAGUUCAAUACAUUCGCUGACAUUGGCACUGCAUUGCUUAAAACCGUGGUGAUGCUAACGGGUGAAUUCGAAGCAGCAAACAUCAAAUUCCAGAUCAACGGCGUUAGUUAUGUGAUUUUUUUACUGUAUCUGUUUUUCGUUGCCAUCGUAAUAUUCAAUCUGAUGAAUGGGCUUGCGGUUAGCGAUACUGCGGCGAUCAAAGCUGAGGCCGAAUUGAUAGGUCUUUCCCAGAAGGUGGAUGUCAUCUCCAAAUACGAAAAUGCAAUAAAGUCACCGAAAACCAAUGGAGUAUUAACCACACUGAUAUUCUACGUUUUCCCGAGAACGUUUCUCCAGCUGUUCCCCGAUUAUUUGCCUCUGAACUAUGUGAUUGUAGCGCCGAACCAGUCCAACACAAUUUUCAUACCGAAACCGCAACCGAAAGGAGAAGUGGAGUCCGUGAUCGAGGUCGAGAGCCACAUCGAACUACUCCCGAGUGGUCCACGAACCAACGAAAAGUUCAAGCUUAGUUUCGGCUACUGCAUUUUGCCCUCGAUAUCCAAGAUGGAUAAUAAGAUCAUGAAGUACGCCAAGGAAAUUCUGCACACUCGAAACAAGAGAGGACAUGUGAUAGAUAAAAUACAACCACUUGAAAUGAGAUUGUCAAAAAUUGAAAGUAAUCUAGAAACGAUAUUGCAGUACUUGAGGAGUACAGAGAAAAAGUAAUAUCACACGAUCGAUAUUAAAUCCAACGAUCUGAUGACUACACUCUAGUAUUGUUAAGAGUCUUGCUUUUUAAUUGUAGCACGUAACAAAAUAAGCUCGAAAACAUUCUAUUAAUUUAUUUUAUAUUUUGUAUUUAUUGUUAUUAUUCGAACCUGUUUUUCUCACGAAUGAUAUAAUUCGCGCAGAGCGGUUUUUUAAAGUGACAUU